AUGCUGGCCGCACUAUCGCGCUCCCCUGUUCCCGCGCUCAUCGUGCCGCAUGUGUGCCGCGGUGCUCACCUGAGCCUCGAAGCCGUACGGGCGUUCUUCGAGCAUGCGUUCUGCGAGUCUCUACCGCUCACCCACACAGACCUUGUCCGGAGCGCCUACAGCCCACUGAUGGAGGAUGCCCCGCACGACGAGGAUACGCUGACGUCAGGUAUCGAGGUGGCGUGCCGCAGUUUGCAGCAGCAGUGGACAAAGCAUGCGGAAGAGUGGGAGGAGUUGCUAUACGGCCGACACGACCUCGCGGAUGCCCAGCUGGGCCUCUGCCCGCGCCCAUGCACAUGGGUAGAGGACAUGAUGGCAGGCGGCGCUUACGACCUGUGA